UCCUGUUAUUCAGUACUCAGUAGGAACGGGUCCGAUAACAUACUCACUCGCAGCGCUAUAACGAGGCGUUGAGCGCUAUAACGCAGAAGUAAACGAGGAAGAAAGAUUGUGACAGCGCAGUUGACAGACCGCCGUCAACGCGGAAGUGAAAUGCGUGACAUCGACAAGCCACAGUAGAACUAUCAGCGACACGGCCCGACCUACACCGCAAAUAACAUCAUGCCGUUUAAGGGAUUCUUCAAACUUUUUGGCUUCAAGAAAAAUAAGGACACGGCUAAGACGCCGCGGACUCACCCGUACGACGAGGUGAAAGAGGAAGAUCUCAAGCCCAACCAAACACCACCAAAGAGGCGGCCGCGAGAGUAUGACGAGAUCGAGAUUGAUGACGACGCUUCCGGUCCAACUAUGGUGUCAGAGAUUUCAGCAAAGCCAGAGGUAGGCGGCUCCCAAGACAAAGACUCUCAACUACAUCGAGGUGGAGGUGCAGCAGCAGAACCCGGAUGCUGAUGUCCGGAGAGCAGCUCCAUCUACACAGUACACCACGAUAGAUGUCGCUGCCACGUCAGCUGCUUCCGGGAGGAAGAUAUCGCUGUCAGAAUGAGGCUGGAGUGAACGACAGACCUGUGCCCGAGUCUUGUACAUAGACACUGUACAUAUUGUGUAUACAUGCCAUGACGUCACACUCUACUGUACAUAAACUCACUUUAAGCCACGUGGUCCUCACACGCAUGCGCAGUUGAUGGUGCGUGUUCCUUGCUGGAUGAGAUUAAUGGUGUUGCUGGGUACGGCGUCAGGCAACAGACAGACAAUUACUUUUUAAUUGAAAUGAUGUAAGUGGCAGGUGCUUCCAGUUAGCAGGACCUGCCUACUCUUGUCACGACCUGCCUACUCUUGUCACGACCUGCCUACUCUUGUCACGACCUGCCUACUCUUGGCACGACCUGCCUACUCUUGGCACGAACACCUGGUGUCAGCACUGUUUUCGGUGAUCCAUUCAUGUAUUUUUCAUCACUAUUUUGUCGUUUGCACCCUGCGGAAUUUGUGUCGGCUUAUUACUGAGACUGAUCAUUCCCUGAGGUUCUAAAUGUCCAGUAAACAUUGACUAAGUUGCUUUAAUGCGAUUGUAAAAGUACUUCUCUCAUGUUACGUCGGAAGAGCUAGAGGAGGACGACAUAUCGAAACUGUUGGUGCCAGACAAUUUGGCUGGUGUUGAUAUUUUGUCUAGAACUACAUGUUGUAACUAAUGCCAAGUGUAAUUGAGGUGUGCGCUUAUUGCUUGAUAUAUUAAAGUGUUUACAUUUUACGGAUAACGUGGAUUUACUUGAUAUGACUGACGUUGCCAGUUAACCCAGGUCUAGGCCUCCCCGCAAAACAUGUAAUGUCAUCCUACCAGUAUUAAAAGCAGGGAUAACGUAGAUUUACUUGAUAUGACUGACGUUGCCAGUUAACCCAGGUCUAGGCCUCCCCGUAAAACAUUUAAUGUCAUCUUGGCAGCAUACACGCAGUGAUAACGUGGAUUUACUUGAUAUGACUGAAGUUGCCAGUUAACCCAGGUCUAGGCCUCCCCGCAAAACAUGUAAUGUCAUCUUGGCAGCAUACACGCAGUGACGGGUCGGCCUCGCACUUCUCUUUAUUUGUCAAAAGGCGAUUGAAAAACAGGUUAAAACUAAGAUGGCGUGAAGCCCCUAUUCGAUACGGCCAUCAGGUGGUGUCAAGCCCCUGUUCAAUACAGCCAUUAGGUGGUGUCAAGCAUCUGUUCAAUACGGCCUUCAGAUGGUAUCAAGCCCCUGUUCGAUACGGCCAUCAGGUGGUGUCAAGCCCCUGUUCGAUACGGCCAUCAGGUGGUGUCAAGCCCCUGUUCGAUACGGCCAUCAGGUGGUGUCAAGCCCCUGUUCGAUACGGCCAUCAGGUGGUGUCAAGCCCCUGUUCGAUACGGCCAUCAGGUGGUGUCAAGCCCCUGUUCAAUACGGCCACCAGGUGGUGUCAAGCCCCUGUUCAAUACGGCCACCAGGUGGUGUCAAGCCCCUGUUCAAUACGGCCACCAGGUGGUGUCAAGCCCCUGGUCAAUACGGCGACCAGGUGGUGUCAAGCCCCUGUUCAAUACGGCCACCAGGUGGUGUCAAGCCCCCGUUCGAUACGGCCAUCAGGUGGUGUCAAGCCCCUGUUCGAUACGGCCAUCAGGUGGUGUCAAGCCCCUGUUCAAUACGGCCACCAGGUGGUGUCAAGCCCCUGUUCAAUACGGCCACCAAGUGGUGUCAAGCCCCUGUUCAAUACGGCCACCAGGUGGCGCAGAACUGUACACGGGCGGUCAACAGAGUCGCAGUUUAAAGAAUGUCCGACAUUGUUAGGGAUUCCUUAGAAGAAUCAUUGUUGCUGGCGAAUCAGUAUAUUUGAAAGUUGAUGAUCACCUGGCAAAAUAAAACGACUUAGCCUUUG